GCCAUUUUUUAAACAUCCAGAAUGGAGCUUUCGACUCAAUCAAAUCCGUUGCAUCUUCCCGUUUUAGAAACGUAUCGUUUAUACAAUUUGAACGAAUGGGCAUGUAAGAUAUUAGUCUAACGAUAUCCCUGAUUAUUUUGGGUCGAGCCGAGACGAACUUUGAGGAGAAAGUGCUCCAAAGUAGCGGAGGUACAAACGGACAUUUGACCCUGAAGAUGAGAAAGAGGGGAGUCCCGGAAAAAGUCCUAAUUUCAGGGAUCGGAGGCUCCUCCAUGGACAAAAAACAAACGGUUAUGACCCGGUACAGCAAUGCGACAUAUUAUCAGAUUUUAACACCUCCGCCCUGCCCGAACCAGACUAACAAUGUCGGUGUCGCAGACCCGACCGUGAGUCAGCUUUACACUACACCCAUAGGGGUGUCUACAAACGGGACAGGACCGCAACCAGCCCUCGGAAGACCCCCGGCGAAGCGUCGGUUGGAGCUGGAGGAGAUGGACCAGUACACCACUGAGCCAAUCAGUGAGCCCAGAGCUAAGAGAGCCACCACACACUCCCUCAGAAGAACCCAGACUCCUCCCUCCCCAUUAGAGAAGACCAGGUAUGACACAUCUCUAUGCAUCCUGACCCAGAAGUUUGUCCAGCUGCUGGCCCAGUCCAGUGACGGGGUGGUGGACCUGAACCGGGCCGCGGAGUCCCUCAAGGUGCAGAAGAGACGCCUCUAUGACAUCACCAACGUCCUGGAGGGGGUGCAUCUCAUCAGGAAGUCCUCCAAGAACAAUAUCCAGUGGCUGGGCUGUAGCCUGUCUCCAGAAGGAGUGGCCAGUGUCCAGACCCCUGGCUCUGUGGGUAAACAACUGCUAGAGUUGACCCAGGAGGAGAGGAGACUGGAUGAACUCAUACACACCUGCACACUCAUCGUCCAACAGAUGACUGAAGACACACCCACAAGGAAGUUUGCGUACAUAUCAUAUGAUGAUGUGAAAAGGAUUCCUAGUCUGAAUGACCAGACGGUCAUCAUGGUCAAAGCCCCUGCUGAAACCAGACUGGAUGUGCCAGACCCUGCAGAGAGUCUCCAGGUCCACAUGAGCAGCACCCAGGGUCCAAUAGAAGUCUUCCUGUGCUCAGAUGAUCACGCCCCUUCCUCCCCACUGAAAAACAACUCUGCGCUGAAUGAAAAUGGACAUCCGUCUUCAUCUUCGUCCUAUGCCAGUGGAAACUCCACAUCCUUCCUCAAGGUGUCACAAGAGGGUAAUAACUACACCGGUACCGUUUUCUCCAACGCCCUGUCCAGCCUCCCAGCAUGCUCUGCAGUGACAGUUUCUCCUGUCUCCCCCCUGCCUUCCUCCCUCACCUCCCUCCUCCCCCUCCAGGAUGUUGACCAGGAGCCCUUCAUCCCCCUCUCUCUCGUGGGGGAUGACUACCUGCUUAGCCUGGGCGAUGACGAAGGGAUCAGUGACCUGUUCUACGAUCUGGACCGGCUUCCAUUAGACAACCUGCUCUGUAAUUGAGUGAAAUGUAAUCUCAGCGGCCAUUUUGGGGAAUUUUAGUUUGGCCAUUUUGUAGCCAGAUUCAUGGUCCCAAUGUGGUUGUUUCCAGUUAUAAAAGAACUGAUUUAGAGCCCAGUGGGCUCUAUGGAAUGCAGCACAGCAGCCAUUUUGGAGCAAGGCUUUGUUUUCUUGACCUUGUGGACUGGACUGCUCAUAGAGGACCUGCUGUGUAAUUGACCCCUUUGCCAGCGACGAGAGAAGGGUAUAGAGCUGAUCAAAGGAAGUAAGUUUCAGUUCAGACUCACUGUAGGGGUGAAUUCUGUGGCUGAAAGAAUGGACAAAACCCCUUCUCAGAGCCCGUCUUUCUGGUUUUGCACUGACAGGCAAACCAACAUCCUAAACAAUCACUCAUUCUCCAUAGCAGACUGUUAUCUAAAUGAACUGUUCUCAUUUGAAAGCAGAAAUUGUCCCUAACAGAGAUGAGUUAUGGACGUUAACCCCUGAACACAGAUUCUUACCCAUUUCUACCGUUGUGUGACUGUCAUCUGUGAACUUGUGUUUUAUAAUGUGACCCGAUGAUUGGUCCUGGUUCUCAGCUCACCAGAGUAGAGCAGACCCGGUAUCCACGUCCCAAGAUGGUGAUCUGGCCUUCCUGGGCAUCAAUAAAAAAAAAAUGCAAGAGGUACCUGGUCUUCCACAUGGAGCCUUCUGACACAAUACUGGAAGAGACUGACUGGUAGUGUUCAGAUAACCAGAGUAUGUACUGAAAGAUGGGCCUUCUCCUGAUAUAACGGUUUGCUACACAAUUGGUGUAUGUUUUAUUUGUUGUUCAGAGGAGGAAGUGAAUAUUGCUCCUGUUUCUGUGUGGGACAUCCACUACAUGUCCUUCUCCUGCUGUCGAUUUAACUUCUUUAAUAUCCAGGGAUGAGCAAUGUGCCUCCACACACACACACACCACCAUGCAAGAGUCACGUAGACAAGCCCCCAUUUUGUUUUAGCCAAGCAUGCUAGCAGCCAAGCAUGCUAGCAGCCAAGCAUGCUAGCAGCCAAGCAUGCUAGCAGCCAAGCAUGCUAGCAGCCAAGCAUGCUAGCAGCCAAGCAUGCUAGCAGCCAAGCAUGCUAGCAGCCAAGCAUGCUAGCAGCCAAGCAUGCUAGCAGCCAAGCAUGCUAGCAGCCAAGCAUGCUAGCAGCCAAGCAUGCUAGCAGCCAAGCAUGCUAGCAGCCAAGCAUGCUAGCAGCCAAGCAUGCUAGCAAAUUAACCAACUCAUAGUCAAUUCUCAGGGCUCCCAAAUUACUUUCUACUUGAAAUACAAUUUUAUUACUUAAUUAAAACGUACAAAUGGAUUCUAAUGAAUAUUUUUUGUGCCAGAUAUUCUAAUAAGGUAGGAUGUUUUUUAUUUUUUAUUUUCUUAAUUUAUACCCAACAAUUAACCCAAAAUGGAUAUACAUUUUUAAAAAUGUACCCUUCGAUUAGUAUAGACAUGUGACCUUUAAACUACCCAACCAUACGGUAUAUUCACCUUUCCUUUGUGGGUGC